AGAAUCACAUUGUUUGAUUCUUUUUGGGGUUUCAUGAUUUCUGCAACAGAUAAGGAUGCUGAAAUCAAUGCUGCACACUUCCUCCUCCCUCACUGAAAUCCAUAAUAUAUGUUUUCAACUGACCUUGAUGUUCAUAUUUGUACUAAUGCCCAUCAACUUUGAUUUUUUAUUUAUUGGAAUAAUUAUGUGUAAUGGGGAAGGGUGGGUUAGGGCUGUAAAGGCAUCAGGGUGUUAAUAAGCCUUUGCUCUGUUGUUUAGUUCUUGAAAGGCCCUCUUUUUCUUUCCAAUAUUUCUAAAGCUUGUUUACUUUUGGCUGAUGCCCAAGUUUGAUAAAUCUUAUUGCUUGGUGUUCUGCCUCUUUACAAUUUGCUUCAAGCAUUUAUCAACUCGAGGUUCGGUGAAAAUUUCCUUGACAGAGCUAGUGAACCACUCACAGAAGAUUAGAACUGAAGGGCAGUUGUAAAUAUUUCUUAUGUGCUUCAGUCGGCAACCCCGGUUGAGCUCAUACAGAUGAAGAAGCUCUUCUUUUUCAGAUCUGCGUCUAGCAGUGGAAACAACAAUCCAGCUCCAUCGCCAUCAAAGGGUAAGCAGCCUUACUGGGAGAAUCCAUCAAAUAACGGAGUGAAUGCUCAAGCUACCAACAAAGCUGAGAAUAGUUUCAGAAGUCCCAGAGGCUUAUCCAAAAAUAGAAAACAAGUAUUUGAAAACCAGACCUCUGGUAACACCCCAUGUCUUAGAAGGAGCCUUUCAUUCUCCUCAGCAGUGUUACAUGAAGGUCUGCUAGGACAAGGUAAUUUGACUUGCUUUGAUCACAAUGGGUCUCCUUGUGGUGGCAACGAUAUUUCACACAAGCAGUCAGAUCAACGUUCAUCUCGUUGGCGUUCCCUUACUCCUGAGAGACAAUCUAGGCCAAAAUGCUAUGAGAAGGUUCUUGUCCAAAAUGGAUGUGUGGCAGAGAAGCCUGGUUCUUCUACAUCUUCUAGAGGUCACUGUGACUCCUCGGAGAGCUCUUCAUAUUGCUCUAGUAAUUUCUCAAAUCAAGUUGUGGACCGUUAUAUUGAUGGAGAACAAGAACAAGAAAGGCGUGAAGUGAAGAAUGUUCCUUCCCAGAGAGAUCACACUGGAAAUGGAAAUCGUGUAGGGAAGCGUCCCCCACGAGUUCAGUAUACAGCUCCUGCUUCACCAACUGAUAGCAUGAAAAACAAAUCCAACUUUCAUUCGUUUAGGGAAACUAAGGGAAAUCGAUUUCACCUUUCGUCUAGAGAUUGGGUUGAGAAUGGAUUUGGGCAUGAAUCACCUCGGAGACUUGCAAAGCAUGUCAUUGAGAGACUCUCUCAGUCCCGUGCUUUACCAAAAAUAAGUUCAAAGGAAUCUGAUCCUGACAUACCAAUCACGAUUGAAGAUAUCUAUACUGGAUCCAUGAAUAGAUGCUGUAGUUUAAGGGCAGAUGGGGUUUCACAUAACAGUUGUCCACUAGAUGGGCCUAAUGAAACCACCAGUGGGUAUCACCAUGAAGAACUCUCAGAUUUUGAGGAACACAACCAUUUAGCUCAUGAUAAUUAUGAAGUUGUGAACUCUAUUGAGGCUGAAGGGGUUCUAGAUGAGGAACUACUUAGAAAAUCCAAGGAAGCUGAGGAGCGGGUCUUGUUACUUUCAGAAGAGCUGGAGCAAGAGGACUUUCUUCAGGGCAUUGGUUUCAGUAUGCCAGCAUUGAUUCAAACCAUUAGAAACUUAUCUGGGGAGAGAUUAAGCAUGGCACUUGAGAUUUCAGCUGCUCAUAGGGCUCAGCUUGCUGAGAGGGCUUCUGCCAGAGAAGAACUCAGACUGGUCAGGGAAGAGUUAGAUUCACGUACCCGAAGACUAGAGAAGGAAAAGAAUGAGUUGCAGUCAGCAUUAGAGAAGGAGUUGGACAGAAGAUCAAGUGAUUGGUCCUUCAAGCUUGAGAAAUACCAGGCAGAAGAGCAUAGGCUUCGUGAGCGAGUAAGGGAGCUUGCAGAACAGAAUGUCUCACUCCAAAGGGAUGUGUCUUCUUUAAGUGAGAGGGAAAUAGAGAGCAGGAGCAGAGUCACCGGUACAGAGGUGCAACUCAAGGAACUAACAAUGAGAGUGGAGGAAGUAAGCAAUGAGAAUCAACAUCUUCGACAAAAUCUUUCCGAGUUACAGGAUAAGUGUAGAGCAGCAGAAGAAGAUAGAGAUUACAUCAAAAGAAAUUAUGAAGAGAAGGAAAAAGAAAGCAAGGAUUUGCAUAUAUCUAUUACAAGGUUACUAAGAACAUGCAAUGAACAAGAGAAGACAAUUGAAGGGUUUCGAAAAGGACUCAUAGAGGAAGUUGAAAAAAAGGCUUCUCUAGAGAACUUUGAUAAGCAGUUGAAGAAGCUUCAAAUGGAGCAAAUAAGGUUGACGGGAGUGGAGCAGGCUUUGAGGAAGGAAGUGGAAUCUUAUAGGCUUGAGGUUGAUUCUCUUCGGCAUGAGAAUAUAAUGUUAUUACACCGUCUAAAAGUCAGUGGACAGGAAGGUGGCUUUUCAACUUUCAAGCUAGAUCAAGAACUGUUGAACCAUGUUUACUGCAUGCAAAAUCAGGGGCUAUUGUUGCUUAAUGAAAGCAGCCAACUUUGUACAAAGUUACUGGAAUUCAUCAAAGUGAAAGUAGGCCAAACAGUAGAAACUAAGCAAGCUACUGAAUCUAUAAGGAAUGGUUUAGAUGAACAAUUUGUAAUUGAAUCUGAGAUGAAAAUCCAGGGCUUCAAGAGGGGAACUGAAAGACUAACGAGGAGUUUACAGACAAUUUCUGCUGUGCUAAAUGAGAAAUCCAACCCAGUUCUUGUGAAAUGUCAUUCAUGCUGCUCGGGGGAUAAAUCAGGGAAAUCUUUUGAUCAGAGCUCAGAGGACAUGGUAAGAUCAGAGCUUAAAGCAGAAACUUUACUAACAAGUGUGUUACGAGAAAAGUUGUACUCCAAAGAGGUAGAGGUGGAGCAAUUGCAAGCUGAGCUGGCAGCUUCUGUUAGAGGCAAUGAUGUUCUCAGGUGUGAAGUCCAAAAUGCAUUGGAUAACCUCUCCUGCAUGAACCAUCAAAUGAAAGAUCUUGAACUCCAGAUGUUAAAGAAGGAUGAGAACAUUAAUCGGCUUCAAAAUGAUCUCCAUGAAUGUUCAAAGGAACUAACUAUUCUGAAAGGAAUACUGCCAAAAGUUUCUGAGGAGCGAGACUUGAUGUGGGAGGAGAUAAAAAAGUACAGCGAGACCAACAUGCUGUUGAACUCUGAGGUUAACCAAUUGAAGAAGAAGAUAGAGGAGCUCGACGAAGAUGUACUCCUGAAAGAAGGUCAGAUCUCUAUCCUGAAGGACUCACUAAGCAAACCUUUUGAUCUUCUUGCCAUCCCAGAAGCCAUGCCAGAAUUCCGGCUGCAAUAAUGAUUUAUGAAAACCUGGUUUUUGACAAAAUGGUGAAGACUGUUUAUACUUGUAAACAUUUUGGAUUGCCCCUAGUUUGUUUCUUUCUUCUGUGUGAUAGUUUGAUGAUUAUGGAGUGUGACAAGUACAGUAAUUCUUUUGUAAUAGGCCUCAAAGUUUUCUUGGUUUGCUGUGUGAGAAUGAAAAUAGUUUUGUCAAAUGUUGUGAUAGGGAAAGACUAUGAGCUUUUUUGGUAUUGUUGUGCUUUGAAAGUAUAACUGUUCUCUUUAUUUUCUUUAAGGUUUAAAAAAGU